CACUCUUCAGAGCAAUUACAAAACCCACUGGAUUGGACUGAGGUUUUCGUUUGCUCCAAGAUAAUUAUUUUGUUGUUGGCAAUCAGUUGAGGUAAGUAACUCAACUAUUGGAAUGCCUUAGAGGUAGCUUGGUAACUAUUUGAUGAUGUUUUCUAGGCUUUGCCAAAUAGAUUUUAUAUGAUAUAUAUGUGUGUGGUGAUUGAAGAUAUUUUCUUAUGUGAUGACUGUAUGAACACUGACCCAAAUAAAUAAUCAUCCAAUAGAAAUAUUUGAAAGGAAAUAAAAACUUAUUGGAAGAUUUUUUUGUGUGUAUUCAACUCACACUUGGAUGAUUUAAAUUACAACAUUUCAAUCCUAAAUAGGAUUGUCAGGAGCGUAACUCAUACUACAAUUAAACACAACAAUUUAAAUCAUACAUUUAACUAAAGUGAAACUCUUCCUAAAUUAACUUUAACUCUCACAUUCUUUAAUUUUUGAACUCUCAUAACUCUAACAUUUUUAACUUCCAUCAUUUUCUAAUUUCAUAAAUUAAAUCACAUAUAACUUAUUUAUUUAAAAAAUGUUAUGUUCAUGAAUCAUUUGAUGUCUUAACUUGACCAGAAUGUUACGUGGUUUUUGUGGAACUUCAUGGACAUGUAUGUUGCAUAAAAGCCACAAAUUUAGAGAUGACUUUCCUCCUUCCUUUCCUGAAAGUGAUGCGUUAUUAUGAAGUUUGAUUGAAGUGUAAGAAGUUGUUUGAUUGUGUUUGUCAUGAAUUUAGAGACGACUUAAUCAUCAUGGAGAAUUACACCCCGAAAGCCGGCUAUUGGGGUGGUAAGUGGAAGAGCCAAGCCACUUAAGUACCACAUUGGUCAUCCCAUUCUAACUAAUGAGACAAAGGCAUCCCAUACUACCUCGAUUCCUAACAGUCUAGUAGUUCUAAGUACAUGAAUCGAUGUGUUAAAUUUUUGUGUGUAUGAAAUUGAUGCAUACCCAUGCAUGUUCAAUAGCUCUAUUUGGGUUGAAGAUUAACAAGAUUUAUGGGGCUCAAUUGUAAUGAGGAGAAGCUUUGGAGGUGAGUGGAUUUGGUGGGUUGUGAAGUUGGCUCCUUUCCCUUCUUUCUACCUUGGUCUCCCUCUAGGAAGUAAUCUCAAGCCAUUUUCUCUUGGAAUCACGUUGUGGACAAAGUUAGGAAAAGAUUGGUCCCUAUGAAAAAGGAUUCUUCUCCAAAGUUGGUAGCCUUACUCUGAGUCUUGCGCCUUGUACUCCAUCUGCUAGAAAUCUAAGGUUUGUGAUCAUUUAAUACUGAUGAUGGUUCUUGUGAGAUGAAGGGGUUAUUGAUAGUGUAUUGUGGGAGGUUGGUAAAUCUAUCCCCAUUUACUAAACAAUCGUUUAUGAUGCGUGGAUCUGGAAAUUCUCUCGUGAUUUUGUAGCUCAUGAUGGUAUCGGUGAGUGUUGCUUUGCUGCUGCUAUCUCAUUGAUGUAGCCUUUUACUAUCACUUGUAAAUGGGCAAUCAAAUGAAAUUUAUACUAUAUUGAUCAAUGCUACCUAUAUUACUAAGUAGUUCAAGUGGCAAAACCGGGUCGAUCCGCAAGGAGGCACGGAGAUUUGUUUCUCAAAGUUAAUCAUUUAGGUAAAGUGAUAAAUGGGAGGGGGGACUUUGGUGUGGUUUGAGAUCCAAGUGAAUAAAGUGGAAGAAAAUAAAGAUAAAAGUGCAAUCAAAUGGAACGUUCUGACUUAAAGGAAUCGUCCAAUGUAAUUUUGAUCAUCGAGUUAUCAAUGUACAAUUUUUAACUUCUUACCUAUGUCUAGACCAAUUGAUUAGAAAAGCUAACAAAUGAUCCUAAAUAUCAAUUAGCCAAUUUAGUUAGAUGAAAAAGAUCAUAAUCAAUUUAACUAACUGCAUUAUGCUUUAGGGAUUAUACUAGGAUAAGUUUCUAGUAGGAAAAGCCUACUUAGAAAUGUAAUCGGUUUUCUCUAGGUCAAUAGAAUAAUGUUCUUUAUUAUCGACCACAAAUCACAAGACUGUCUAAUUUAUUACUUCUUGAAGGUUAACAUACAAUAUAUGUCACAUACACAUUGUAUGUCACAUACACAUAUUACACGUUAAUCUAAAGCAUUGAAUUGUACAAUCAAUAACAAGAAAAUAUAAUCCAUAAAUUAAGAGUAAAAUCUAUAGACAAAAAACAACAAUCAUACUAUCAAAAUACUUUAAAAAAUACAAUGGAUUCCUCCGAAAUCCUCAAAACAAAGAUAUUUACCUUUCCAUGGUUGUGGAAAAAGAUAAGAUGCUUUCACUUAACGUCACCGAAGCUGCUGAAGCUUUUGGAGUGUUGAGAGGUUGACAAAUGUCUAAGGAACGAGGUUUGUCUUCUUUUUGUAUGGAAACUGAUGCUUAAGUUGUGGUUCAUAAAAUCCACAGUUUUAAUUUAACUCAUCGUCAAUUUGGUGCUAUUUAUGCUGAAAUUGUUGAACUAUGUAGACUAAUGUUGUGAGCUUCUCUUUUGCGAAAAGGAAGUGCAAUAAGGUGGCCCGUAACUUAGCGGCUUAUGCGUUGUCUUCGGGUUUCUCUUGUUUUUGGAUUCAUGAUUUCCCCGAUGCAGUUUGAUUGUAGCUACUGAACUGCAUUUGUAAAGAUCUCUUUGAUUUGUUUGUUCAUUUUUUUUUCUUUUCUGUAGAAAAUGACAAAUAUUUAGAGUUUUUUAAAAUGGGUUUUUCUGUUGAAAAGAGGGGAAAAGGUGAGAGAGAGAGAGAGAGAGAGAGGGAGCGACCAAAAAGAAAAUCUCAGAGAGAAAAGAGGCAGCCGACGAGUUUCCGACGGGCAUACGGUUGACGGCGACCAGCGGCUUGUCGACGGAGUAUACACUGUACCGAAGUUCUUUCGACGUCAGCGGCGGCGGUCUUGACCGUGGUUUAGCCGCGGGCAGAAGCUUGACAACAGAUUUCGAGCGUGCUUGAUUAAUCAACUGCCGUCUCAGUCAUGGACAACAGAGAAACGGAGAGAAAUGCGCCACUACUUGAUUCAUCAGCUACUGCCCUUUUGGAUCUGGAAAAUACAGAAAUAAAGAGAAAUUCAUCACUAGUAUGUGUUCCCCUAAUGGCUGAUUCGGCUGAUUUGAUAAUUGCUGGUGCAUGUAAGGCGAAAACUAGUGGUGCGGAUCUUGUGGAGAUUCGAUUGGAUAGUUUGAAGAUUUUCAACCCACAAACAGACCUGGGGACUCUUGUAAAAGAAUGUCCAUUGCCUACUUUAUUUACUUACAGACCUAAGUGGGAAGGUGGCCAGUAUGAUGGUGAUGAAAAUGAACGGCUUGAGGUACUUCGAUUAGCCAUGGAGUUGGGAGCUGAUUAUGUUGAUGUAGAACUUCAGGUUGCUCGUGGAUUCAUUGAUUCCAUUCGUGGAAAGAAGCCAGAAAAGUGCAAAGUUAUUGUUUCUUCUCACAAUUAUCAAAAAACUCCAUCUCUAGAUGAUCUUAGUAAGCUUGUCGCAAGAAUUCAAGAAAGUGGAGCUGAUAUUGUGAAGAUUGCAACGACUGCCCUGGAUAUCACUGAUGUAUCCCGAGUUUUUCACAUAAUUGUCCAUUCACAAGUUCCAUUAAUAGGGCUUGUAAUGGGAGAAAGGGGCUUGAUUUCACGGAUACUUUGUGCUAAAUUUGGUGGGUAUCUUACUUUUGCUACCGUGGCCGGAAUUGUUUCAGCUCCUGGGCAACCAACAAUUCAAGACCUUUUAACAUUAUACAAUUUCAGACAGAUAGGGCCUGACACAAAAGUUUAUGGAAUUAUUGGAAAGCCAGUGGGCCACAGCAAAUCUCCCAUGUUAUUCAAUGAGGCAUUCAAGUCGAUAGGUUUCAAUGGGGUUUAUGUGCAUUACUUGGUGGAUGACAUAGUAAACUUUCUCCAAACUUACUCAUCCUCAGACUUUGCUGGAUUCAGCUGUACCAUUCCCCAUAAAGAGGCUGCAGCAAAGUUCUGUGAUGAGGUUGAUCCAGUGGCAAAGUCAAUUGGUGCUGUUAAUUGCAUUGUAAGAAGACAUGAUGGGAAAUAUUGCGGUUAUAACACGGAUUAUGUCGGUGCCAUUUCUGCUAUUGAGGAAAAACUACAAGGUGACUACACUGGCAGCCGUCUAUCUGGCUCACCUUUAUUUGGCAGGCUAUUCGUGGUCAUUGGUGCUGGUGGUGCAGGCAAGGCACUUGCUUAUGGUGCGAAAGAGAAAGGAGCUAAAGUUGUGAUCGCCAAUCGUACAUAUGAACGAGCAAAAGAACUCGCAGAUACCGUUGGAGGUGAUGCAAUCACUCUUGCUGAUUUGAAUAAUUUCCAUCCGGAGAAUAAUAUGAUUCUGGCAAACACAACAUCCAUAGGAAUGCAACCAAAAGUUGAGGAAACACCAAUUGCUAAGCAUGCUCUACGAUAUUAUUCACUGGUGUUCGAUGCUGUUUACACCCCGGUGAUGACGAGACUCUUGAAGGAUGCUGAAGCAUCUGGAGCCAAGAUCGUCACUGGUUUGGAGAUGUUUGUUGGACAGGCAUACGAACAAUACGAGAGGUUCACUGGGAUGCCUGCACCAAAAGAACUCUUCAGGAAGAUAGUGGGAAUGGACUCCAAAAUUUAGGCUGAUGUGUAGUGUGGCUGAUUUUAUUUUCUUGGUAUUCGCUAAUGCAAACUCUUCAUUCAAUAAGGGAGGAUUUGUUUUCUUAAUGAGGGCAACAAUACAUACAAAUUAGAUCCUCCCUCUUGAUGAUUCACAUUUAUGAUAAAAUGUAUUGAUGUUGAUUUGCACUUCCACAAGUUAAUUUUUGUUGUAAUUUUAUGGAAUUAGAUGUAAUAAUUUUUUUUUUUU